AUGGAAGAGAUUCCAUUCGAAACCAUCGAUGCCGUGGCCAGCACAUUUUUGGAAGGAACCACGACUACAGUAUCCAGUAUAACAAGUACAACGGCAGACGUUUACGCAGAAUAUGAAGAGUGUUACAAUGAUCCGAUGUUUACAAUUUUCACAUACACGGUUGACGAUAUGCUGUUAGCCGCCAGCAUGGCUGCAACAGUGUUCAAUGUAAUGGUCAUUUUUUGUGCUAUAAAAUUAUUCAAACGCAGUGGUGAUACUAUGCAUUUAUUUAUUCUCAACAUGACAGUUGGUGAUCUGGUUUUAACAAUAUUUUGCCAUCCAAAUGAACUAUUAAUCCGAAAACACGAUUUUCUCCAACAAAAACAUUUGUGCGCCGUUGUACACUAUUUCAACUGGAUUGGUCUUGCUGUUUCUGGUCUUUCACUUACUUUACUCAACGUUGAUAAACUUAUUUACUUUCGGUGGCCACUAAAUUAUGAUCGUUCCAUGUCAAAACGACGAGCAGCAAUGUUUUGUCUGGCUAUUUGGGCUGUAUCUAUUGGAUUUGUUUCCUAUUGCUGGUUAUUUAACAUUGUUUACAUUUUUCACCAAGAUUGUUCUCUUCAAAUGUCGCCAAGCAAAAAAUUCUACUAUGAGAUUUUCACUAUGCUAUUUUGUGUGCUCCCAGUAACUUCUUCCCUCAUAGUCUCAAUUUACCUGUUUAAUCUCACCAGAAGUAAACGAAACGCAACUAACGCCGGUGACACGAGCGCUUUCAAGAACAAGAAGGUUCUGUCUCAGGUCAAGUCAUUGGCAUUUAUUUUUGCCACGACUACCUGGACUUCGUGCAGUUUACUGCCUUAUCGCAUUGUUAAUCUGGCUCGUAUUCACUUGUUCACAUGGUCCGAACUGAGUUGUGAAGGCAAACAAAGGAUGAAUUGGAUUGCAUGGGUACUUGUGUAUCUUCUUACUCUCAAUCCGAUAAUCAAUCCACUAAUCACGUCGCUGAUCUACGCUCCUUACCGUCUAACAAUCAAGAAGUUUUUAGUAAAUAUACCAGUUGGGAACCGGCCUUUGUAUUCUUACCAACCGGAUGGUUUGCAGUCUGACAGCAGCUUCGCAUCGGUCCGACGAAACAGGAAUCGACGAUCAUCAUGCACAGAGCUGGCCAGCUUGAGACAGUCUACUGAAGUUGUAAGAAUCUCCAUGAGUGAGCCUCCAGUAACACCAAUGAAGAGUGAUGAUGGAUUUUCGUUUGAAUCACAAUCUUCUUCAGACAAGAAAUUGCAAGCCGGAAGUAAAUAA